AUGCUCCGAAAAUUGUGCUCAAAUACCUUACGACUCGGGAGGGCACAAACAAGGUUUUUGAGUAAUACUGGAGACGAUAAUGGGGAAAAUAAGAAGGGCUUGAAACCGAAAGAUGUACUUGACGAUGAUAUUCUUAAAGCGAUUGACGGUGUUGCCAACGAAAUUCAUCCAAAGAGCACUGUUGCAAAAAAAUCCCUUAAAAGUACAUUGAUUAACAAGUUAGUUUCCAAUGAAAAGGCGACGUUUGAUGCUGCAACUGCUUCAGCAAGUAGCGAGAUGCUCGAUGAUCAAACCCUCAUCGGGUUGUUGUCGGAUGUCGCAGCAGACGCGAAAACCGAAAGAAAAAUAGCUCCAAAAUUUGCGCAAUUGAGACAAGAACGUCGAGGAUUAGUGCUAUUGCGUAAAGAGGUCUUCUAUCAAGCAGUCCAGAGCGGCUUUUCAACGGAUGAAGCUCGCGUUAAAGCUGAAACGAUUGUUAACGAAGCUCAAGAAAAGCUGAAUGAGCGCAGAAAAGCGAUUGUCGCGGGGAUUCAGGAGAAGAGCGUCGAAGAGCAGGCCCAGGAGGUCCAGCGAUCGGAAAAAGAGCAGAAGCUCUUUGAUAUGGCUUUGAAUAUGCUUGAAAAAAUCUACAAGGACGAUUUGAUAAACGGUGAUGCGCGUAAGCCGAUCGCUGUCGACCAAAACGCUCCGAGCAUCUUCGGCCACCGAGCCCUAGGCAUCUGGAAGACGACAGAAGGCUUAGAGGAUGUAUCGCUCGGAUUCUGGACGGAAUGGGAUCGGCGCGCAGCGCUUCUCACGAAUCAAUCGUUCGGACCAACGAACUCAUUCGAGGAGCAAAUCGAAUGGACGGCGAAGGGAAAACAAUGGGAAUACCCGAUCGACAAUGAGUUUAAGCUUGGCGAUGAGGAGAAUGUCUCAUUUAUUGACCACGUGUUCUUGGAAAGACAUCUUCCCUCAUUAGGAAUACCGAAGAAGGGACCAAUCGCGCACUUUAUGCAUUUGGUUUGCGUUGGACUCUCGAAAAACCCGUAUAUGACGGCGGCGAAGAAGCGCGACCAUUUGCAAUGGUUCGCCGAUUACUUCAACGAGGAGAAGCAGAAGCUGGUGCAUAAGCUACACGAGCAGGAGCAGAUCGCUGCGCAAAACGCGCUUUAA